AUGCUCUGUCAGAUUAACAGAUACCCGCGUGGCAAGGUGCUCGGUGGCUCGAGUUCCAUCAACCACAUGAUCUAUGUUCGAGGAAAUCGAAAAGACUUUGAUAGAUGGGCAUCUGAGUAUGGCGCCGAGGGCUGGUCGUACGACGACGUGUUGCCAGACUUCAUCAGCAUUGAAACGUCCUACCUGGACAUCGACAAUGGAUACCAUGGAGAAAGUGGGGAAGUCCCUGUCACUUUUCCCACUUCGCAUACAAAGGCUAGCAACUUGUUUUUAGAGGCUGGCCGGGAGCUUGGUUACAACAACGACGACUAUAAUGGACCGAACCAGACAAGCUUUUCACGGGUACAAAACAAUAUUAGGAAAGGAGAGCGCUGGAGUUCUAGUAGAUCCUUUAUUCCAAACGACGUCCGCAGAAGAAAAAACUUCGACGUCGCACUUUAUGCACGUGUGACGAAGGUUCUUUUUGAAGGCGCAACUGCUGUAGGAGUGGAGUACAAGCGCCACCUUGGAACGUACUCCGUUCGGGCAAAGAAAGAAGUAAUUCUUUGCGCUGGAGCCAUAGCCUCUCCGCAGCUACUGAUGCUUUCAGGCAUAGGACCUCGAGAACAUCUCGAAUCUCUUGGGAUAAACGUAAUAGCAGACCUUCCUGUGGGCGAACAUCUAUUCGAUCACCUCACCGUGAACGGAAUAGCGGCAACGACUGCAGAGAACAUCGAAAUCAACUAUUAUUUACCGUCUACAGUGCCACUUUAUUCGCUGUUUAGAACAGGGCCCCUAAUUCAUGCUUAUGGUGUCGAAUGUGUCGCCUUCUUAAGCACACCAAACGCCGAUCCCACGCUUCCGAACAUUCAAUUUCUCUUGGUGACGCUGAACCCCACUACUCCGGAAGCGGGAUACCUAGCCAGUCUAAUCGGAAUAUCGCAGAUUUAUGAAAAUUACUACAAGCUGAAACAGGGACAAAAUGUACUAAUGAUUGUGCCAAUACUUUUGAGCCCAAGAUCUUCCGGUUUCAUUCGGCUGAAAAGCACUGACCCAGAGGAAUAUCCAAUUAUUGACCCUCAAUUCCUUACAGAUAGAAAUGACCUUGACACACUAGUCGAAGGCGCCAAGAUCGCCGUGCAGACACUGACAACUCAAGCUAUGAAGAAUGCCAACGCGGCCAUUUGGGACACCGCCCUGCCAGCGUGCGAGUCGGCAGGACCGUUGUGGAGCGACUCGUACCUCCGUUGCUUUGUGCAGCACAUGUCGCUCAGCGGUUGGCACCCUUGCUGCACUGCACCGAUGGGGACGCAUCCGGAGGCCGUGCUAGAUGCCAGACUCAGGGUCCUUGGCGGCGUUAAGAAACUGCGGGUGGUGGAUGCCUCAUCGUUUCCUUACCUUCCGGCGGGAAACCUUAAUGCGCCACUUAUGAUGAUGGGACACCGAGCAGCGGCCAUGAUCAUUGAAGACAACUCGGUUCAAGAGUAA